AUGUUGGAUCCUUACGAGAGGGUGAAGGCUGGAAGGUUAGCGUUUAAAGGAGGCGAUCUAGCCAAGAUCAAAAAGAAUAAAAAGCCAAAGAAGAAGACGGAAAAGCUCAACGGCGCCAGUGUGGAAAAGAUGGCUCCCGUUGGUGCAGCCACUUCCUCUGCCCCAGAUGUUAAAGAUGAUCUCUACUCUAUCAACGCCGCGAAGAAGAGGAGUUAUGAUGAGCUUGCCCCCGUGGAGGCAAAGAAGUUCGGUUACAUUCCUAAAUCAAACUUUGAUUCGAUGGCAGAGGCUCUCGACGAUAGAGUCAAGAAGAAGGCCGACCGCUACUGUAAAUAUAAUCUUUUGCAUCUCCUUUGUUGA